AUCUGGCAACCCUGAUCGGCACCUUUUUAUUUAGUUGUGAAAAUCAUGAGAGUGUUUGGGAAGAAAAAUAAGAUAUCAUAAGGGUAAAAAAGUAUAAUACAAUUCCUAAUCAACGCAAUGGGUUUCACAGAGUUUAUGGCAAGGAAUUUAAGAAAACCAGGAACUGGACUGGCAGGCUGGUUUAUAUCGAAAAUAUUGAAGAGUCGUAAUAGUAUUGUUGUGUACCAUGCUGUGAGAGCAUGCAACAUCGAGCGUCAUCACCAUGUGUUGGAAAUAGGCUUCGGGCCCGGCCUAGGAAUGGCUUCUGUAGCUGAGAUAAUAAGAUCUGGCACAGGAAAGGUGUAUGGCAUUGAUUUUUCACAAUCUAUGGUGGAUGAAACAACUGGGCGACUGUCUGAAGAUAUCAAGCAAGGCAAAGCAGAUGUCAGGCUUGGUGAUGUCGUUUCACUGCCAUUCCAAGAUGCCUCUAUGGACAGAAUUUUUCACACCAACUGUUACUAUUUUUGGCCUGAUAUGAAUGCUGCCUCCAAAGAACUUUACCGUGUCCUGAAACCUGGAGGUAUGAUGGUUACUGUAUAUAUAUUAGAAAAACUGGUGGCAGCAGACAACAGGGGUUUCUUAAGUCAUGGUGACUGGAGGCCAGAAAGGUACAUGCAAGGUCUUACAGAAGUUGGCUUUCUUGAUGUUGAGAGAAAAUCUGAACUUGGCGAAGAUAAAACUACAACUUUUGAAGACAAGUAAAUCAGGAGGGUGAACAUAAACAGGAAGAAGGCGCCACCAACGGACAGACCAACUAUCUCGUAAACCGUCAAUUGGCAGUUUUCUCCAAUGUACCAUUUUGUGUCUGUGUUCUCGCAUGAAGUUAACUCACAAGUUUCACCAUGGUAAACCAUAUUGCCUGAUGUUUUACAUUCUAAUCUUGUACAUUGAGUGCCAAAGUAGUUAACUCUUUCAUUCUCCAAUUCGCUACAACUAAAAAUCCAUUUAAAGUUUAGUUAAACUAGUUGUUAUAAAAUUUGAUCAAGCAGUACCGUACUCGCGCGAAUAAGCGCUCGGGGAAAUUGGAAAAUUCUAGGGGAACUUCUGUUUUAAAAGAAGAUAAACGAAUGUUUUUAGUGAAGAAAAGGUAAUCGUCGAGAGAGCAUGGCUCAUGACAAGAAUGUUGGUGGUAUUUACACAACAGCAGAUGAAAUUUAGUGGUGGCGUUGGUGGUGGUGGUGGUAAGCGUCGGCCAUCUGCUGCCAAUUUAGAUUAGCAGGAUCAUUGCAGGGUUUCUUGCUUAAAUACGAGAGUGAUGAGGACAGUUUAUUUUUGUUGACUGAAAAUGGCCAUACAGUAUUUUGAUUUUUAGAUAUAAAAUACUUAAAGUUCUAAAUCCAAAAGGGGUAGCAAUAAAACAAGAACGGAAUCGAAACAGUGCAUCAAAACUGAGACUGAUGAUAGACCGACAGAUUGACCGACGGACAAUGCUAAGAUAGAUGCGCAUAGUUGAUGCAGAAAAUUAAGUUGGUAAUGUACUGUACUGUAUUGUAUGAUUGAAUUUUUUUUAGGAAUUAAAACGGGGCGCUUAAACAAUUUUCACGAGGGGCGCGAGUACGGUACAUUCAAGUUUAGUAUUUAAUAAUAUUAUUAUAACAGGUGUACAUACAGUGUGAUUUAUAUAUAGGCCUAUAAUUAUUCAGCAUCAUAAGCACAAUGAUAAGUUUUACUAUAUAAGAUUGUCACUCUCGGCCAUCUAGACUGUACAUAGGUCUACUAUUUCCUCAGGUUUGAACUCACGACUGUCCCCCAUCUUUUAAAACAAUAUGCGCACUUGCCACUGAGGAAGGACUAUUGUCCGAAAAGUCUGGUUUUUAAUGCAAGCGUUCGCCUACGUAGCCUACAUCACGCGCACAGGAAACAUUGAAUGAUACGCGCUAGAAAGCAAGAAUUAAUCUGUUCUGUUAGGUGCUGUUUUUGGCUCUCACAAAUUCAUAUAUCUGCUGAACUUCAUAUAUACCUCCAUUAUCUUCCUAUUUACUCACACCUGAUUGCUACAUGAAACAACUGAGGAAGGACUAUUGUCCGAAA